UGUCAGCCUGUUGGGUUGAUAAAAUUCACGGUAUCCCAGCGAUGUCCCCACGGAGUUGAUUCUUUCAGUUCUCCAAACACCUGUCUUGCUUUUUUUUUAGGAAGAGAAGUACAUUUCAGAAAAUGGCCCCUCUCAAGCCCCUCGUUCAACCAACAGAUACCCGACCAUCUACGGCUCCCAGCAACGCUCCUCUCUACGCAAUCAUCUUCGACAACUUCCAAAAAUCCACCUGGUUCCUCAUAGCAGCUUCUCUGCAGGGUCUCCUGACAUGGCUCUUCCCGACUGUCCUGACUUUCCUCCCGGCGCUGUUUAUCCUAGCAUACCGCGCUCUGGACCCGGUGCUGAUCAUGUACGGACUCCGUCCGAAUCCGUACAUGAAGGAUGUCAUACCGGGGAAGAUUUCAGCGCAGGUCCCAGAUGAAACGGGGCAGUUUGGGGAGCAGCCGUCCAGGAAGACUGUUGUGGUAUUACUGUUGGGUUCGAGGUCGAACCAUCCCCUAGGUAUCCUGUACCCAGAGUACCAGAAGAUCGAGAAAUUCAUAUCCGAAAUGAUGCAAGACCUAGAGACGAACAGAGAAGAAUAUACCUUCCUAACAAGCAGCAGCUGGAUCUCCAAUUCAGACUCAAUCCGCAACGUGGCGAGAGAGACGAUGACCGUUUUCUACUUCCAAUCCCUCGAGGGCUUGCACAGGUUUUCGCAUGGCCCCUCUCACCGUGCAGGCUGGGACUGGUGGAAUCAGACCGUCAAAGAGCAUCCCAACCUGAGCAUCAUGCAUGAGGUGUACGAGGCUCCUGCGGGUAGCUGGGAGAAUGUCUAUAUGAACUACUGGCCUACUUCGUUUGGUAUGUAUACUUGAUUCUUUGGUUGAAUAUUAUGCUCUCGGUCUGGUUCUGUGCUGACACUGAUGCGCUUGUUUUGUUUCAAUAGCAAAGGCUCAGUUUCCGAUUAACCGGGGCGACGUUGAAAAGGAGACCGAUGGACAGCAAAAGAAGUGGAUUGGGAAUAUAGUCGAUGCGUCGAGGAUGAAUAUGAAAUCCAGCAUGAACCGGCUAGGAAGGAGGUAAGGGAAGCUCUUUUGGGCGUAUAUUCAUCUUGAAAUUUGAGAAUCUAUAGUUUACGCACGUAGUUCCUAUAAUUUGGAUUUGUUCCAUCUGCA